AUGGAUAAGUAUGUCACAAGAUCAAAAAUUGGGCAUCCAAGUUCUAGCUCUACUCAUCCAUCUACCGCUUCAACCAUAGCUACGAAAAUUCAAAGGAAAACAUUUAUUUCAGAUGUUGAUUUAGAAUCUCUUGAAGCUGAUACGGGAAUUAGAAAGUCAAUACGCACUUCCUUUGAUAAUAAGUCCGAGAAAGAAAAAAGUGAGUCUCGGCGUCGCUUGAGUGCUUUAGUUGAUGUGACAAGAUUUCUCUUGAAAUUAGGAUUAUCAUUCUGUGGACAUGAUGAGAGUCGAUCUUCUUCAAAUAGAGGUAUUUUUCUUGAACUUUUGCAAUGGUAUGGAAAUAUUAAUGAAGAUGUUGGAAGCAUUAUUUUAGAAAAAGCUCCAAAAAAUGAAAUGAUGUGUUCUCCAAGUAUUCAAAAGGAUAUUGUUGAUUCUUGUGCUAAGGAAACAAUCAAAUCUAUUCUUGAAGAUUUAGAUGGGGAUUAUUUUGGGAUACUAGUCGAUGAAUCAAAGGAUGUAUCACACAAGGAGCAAAUGACACUUGUUUUGAGAUAUGUUAACAAAGAAGGAGAAGUGAUAGAGCGAUUUGUUGGUAUUAUUCAUGUUAGUGAUACAUCUGCUUGUUCAUUAAAUGAAGCAAUUUACUAUUUUCUUUCAGAUCACUCAUUAAGUCCAUCCCAAAUACGUGGAAAAGUUUAUGAUGGAGCUAGCAAUAUGAAAGGACAUCUAAAUGGUCUUAAAACUUUGAUUUUGAAUAAGACUCCAUCAGCAUAUUGCAUUCAUUGUUUUGCCCAUCAAUUGAAGUUAACACUAGUAGUGGCUUUUGCAAAGAAGGAUUCAAAUGUAGAUGAUUUUUUUUGCUUAGUUACUAAUGUGUUAAAUAUUGUUGGAGCAUCUUUUAAGCGCAGGGAUUUACUUCGGAAACACCAAGCUGAACAGUUAGAGGAGUUGCUCAUAUCAGGGGAAGUGCAUACUGGGCGACGAUUAAAUCAAGAACGUGGGCUUCAGCGACCAGGUGAUACUCGUUGGGGUUCUUAUUAUAGAACAUUAGAUAAUCUUAUUGUUCUAUUUCCAUCAGUUUUUCAUGUGCUUGAAUUUACUAGAUGCGAGUGUCCAAACUAUACUGAUAGACUUCUUGCUAAAACUCUUGUGGAUACGAUUAAGAAAUUUGAUUUUGCCUUUAUGCUGCACUUGAUAUAG